CCAGUCAGACUUCUGCCUCUCAGCCGGCUGCAGCUAAUGAGCCUUUGUGUGGCCAGAGAGAGAGAGAGAGAGAGAGAGAGAGAGAGAGAGAGAGAGAGAGAGAGGGGAAAACACAGUGACAGACAGGGAGUUAAAGUGAGAAAGACUGUCGUCUUGCAACAAUAAAGCAUAUGGUACCGACAGUGCAGUCAGAGCUGGAACAUUACAAGUCUCUCUCACACUCCUGCACCCUUUUUUCUCAUACCCGUGGAGCUCAGGGGUCGCUGCAAGUCAGUGGACUGAAACAAAAUGGGAACCUCUUCACUUAUCAUGUUUCACCUUUUUUGAAUAGCGACAUUUAUGAUUGUGUGGCUGUGCUGCUGUGAGAAGAGGUGAAAGGAAUCACAGUCUGCCACUGGAUACAGGUGCAGAUGCGGCGGACCAUGAGUGGAAUACUGAAGAGGAAAUUUGAGGAGGUGGAAGCCUCCUCCUCCCCGUGCUCUUCCUUGCGGGAGUCUGAUGAUGAGGUCUCCUGCAGUGAGAGUGGGGAUAGUGGUGACAGUGUCAAUCCCGCUGCCUCAGGCCCUUUCACCCCUGACUCGAUAUUGAAGAGAGAGAAGCGCCUGCGGACGAGGAGGGUGCAUUUUGACAAUGUGACAGUGUACUACUUCAGCCGACGGCAGGGCUUCACUAGCGUGCCCAGCCAGGGAGGCAGCACGCUGGGCAUGUCCAACAGGCACAGCUGGAUCAGGCAGUACUCCCUGGGUGAAUUUGCAGUGGAGCAGGAGAGGAUCCACAGAGACAUGCUCAGAGAUCACCUGAAGGAGGAGAAACUCAAUUCAAUCAAGCUCAAGCUGACUAAGAAUGGCACGGUGGAGUCUGAAGAGGCCAACACGCUUACGGCAGAGGACAUUUCUGAUGACGACAUCGAUCUGGACAACACAGAGGUAGAUGAGUACUUCUUCCUGCAGCCUCUUACUACUAAAAAGCGCCGGGCACUGCUGCGCUCCUCUGGGGUAAAGAAGAUUGAUGUGGAAGAGAAACAUGAUCUGCGGGCGAUCCGGAUGUCCAGAGAGGACUGCGGCUGUGAUUGCAGAGUCUUCUGUGACCCAGAGACCUGUGCCUGCAGCCUCGCAGGGAUCAAGUGCCAGGUGGACCGUAUGUCAUUUCCAUGUGGCUGCACAAAAGAGGGCUGCACCAAUUCAACUGGGAGAGUGGAGUUUAAUCCUAUCCGUGUUCGGACCCAUUUCUUGCAUACCAUAAUGAAGCUGGAACUGGAGAAGAGCCGUGAGCAGCAGCAGGCGUCCCCCACCAACGGUUACCGUAGCGAAACUAAUGACCUGGGGGCCGGAAACCCUCUGGUUCAGUCCCAGCACAGGUUGGAGUACUCUCUGUCAGACGCCGUUCCGCAGACGGCCAGCAUGCACAUGCAGGCUGCCGACGAGAUGGAGGAGACGCUAGAUGAUGAAGACGAGGAAGAAGAUGAAGAUGAGGACGAGGAAGAGGAGGAGGAAGAGGAGAACGAAGAAGAUGAUGAGGACGAGGAGGAUAGCAGCAGUGUUUGCAGUGGACUGUCUGACUCCAGCACCCAGAGCUUAGCCAACAGUGACUCUGAGGAUGAGGAGGAGGAGGAAGAGGAUGCAGAUGAAGAGAAGUCUAAAACCUUUCAGGGCGACAUGACUACCCUGUCAGUGUCUCGGUCUGAGGUUGUCCCCUUGCCCUCUGUGCUGUGUUACAGCGAUGGCUCUGUGGCUCAUGACAACCACAUGAAUGGAAACACAUAUUUAAUGAACUCCUCUUCAGCUGAGUACUAUCAGCUGGGGAGCGCCAGUGCCGUCUCUGAUGGCCAAACCAGCCAACCCAGUGAACCCUACGGGGAAGCCUUAGCAUUCCAAGAUCCAGUCAGCACGACCAACUGCAGUGCCGCCCAAGGACAAUUCAACAUGUCUGCCGAGCAGUACACAGACUACUCUAAUCAGGCUGAGGAACAAUACUCAGCUAAUCACCACUUCACUCUGACCAACGGUGCUCCUGCCGCCCCCUUGACCUGCUAUACACCUGAUCAGGACAAGAAGGCAUUGUCCAAAGCAGCUUUUGUGGAGCAGCCUGACACCCAGAACCAGACGCAAUUUCAGAACUACCUGAACAAUAACACCCAGGGUUCAUACAGCAGCUCAUGUAUAACAGCUGAACAGCCACAGCAAGAGUCCGGUGUUAAUGGCCAUUCUGACCUGACCCUACUAGGAAACAACACUAAGAACCUCCCUUUACCAGACCAUUGCCCCGAGGUCGCAGCCAUUUAGUGGGCCUCGCCUUUUAAAGUGUUCUUUCAUUAUUACGUCUUUACUUGAGCCUGACCAAGUGGUAUUUUAAGGGAACAUAAUCAUGGCCUUGUUUUGCAUUAUCCGACCUUACAUUUUAAAGCAAUUUACAGCACUGCAGUACAUUUUUAUCUGUAACUAUAAAGCCAUAAGGUCAUGAUGGAAAUGUUUUAAUUAUUCGCUUCUGAAGGUUUCUCCACUACAGCGUGCGCUUUACUGCAAGAUGGAACAAAUGAAAAAAACAAACAUUUUAUAACAUCAGUUAUGUCAUGCCGUGCAAUGUAUCUUGUAAUUUCAGAUGUAAAGUUCUAGUUUUAAGCAGAUAUUGUACUGUAGAUGGAACUUUUCUAUGUCUACUGUAUGUGUCAAAUGUGCAAAAAAAGGUUUAUUGUCAGUUUAUUUAUUGUUUCUGAAUUAUGUGUACACUUAUAUAUUGUAAAUGUUUUGAUAACAUUACGCAUGCUGUUUUGGGAAUCUCAGUGACAUUUAGGGGAAAAAAUGCCAUUGUUUUAUAUAAAAAUGUGUUGUGUACAUAAUGUACAUUUCUCUUCUUCUUUUUGUCACUAUCAUAUGCUUUUCUAUGGUUUUGAAAAGCAUGAAAAAGCCUGAAUUCUUAUUUGUAUAUUUGGAAUACAAUAUCAAUAGCAUAAAAUGUCAAGAAAUCAAUGAACAGCCUUUUGCACUUAUGUGUGGGGGUGCAGUGGCAUGCAUUUGGUUUUAAAUUAUGAAUACUUGAACAGUGUAAAAAUAUGGCCCCUCACUUGUUUUUUUUCCUCUCCACAGUUUACUCUUAGAAUAUCAUGAUUUGCAGUCGCCACUACAAAUGAAGAUUUAUUCUUUGAAUCAUUUGAUUAAUACAGGGAUAUUAAUAAAGUAGCACCGGGUGACAUAUCUCCACAAGUAUGAGAAGCUCUAUGAUUCAUUAUAGACGACAGAACACUAUCUUUAUUAAUUAUAAUGCAUAAUAGGCUUCAUUUGAAAAGCAUCAGUAACCAGUCUAUAUCAAAGUUCUGUCAACAAAAUAUUGACCCGAAAUAAUGUGUCAGUAUUUCAUGAAUUGACUGCUUAUUGGAUUUCUGAUUUUGAAUGUGGUAUAAGCCACAUUUGACUGUCUAAUAACUAAGCUGUUUAUUUUUGUGGAUCCAAUAAUGAUGUUGAUUUGCUUUUUUGAAGUGUAAUGUGCAAUAGUUUGAGCGUUUUUAAUAGGCACUCCCUUUAAAAGAAGAUCCUCAAUUAAGUUGACUGAGAUUUAUUUUAAUUGGCUGUCAUGGCACUUGCUAUUGUACUUAAAGCACCAUUAGUUUAAUACAAAAUAUGUCAAUAAUUGUGUAUGGGGGAAGCAAAUGCUCAAGGUUGACAAUCAAAGCUUAUUAUGAAAUAUGAUUUAGAUCAGUAUAAUUAACAGCUACACAAUAUGACUCCUGAGUACCUAGAGCCAUUGAAAAUUACUAAGCAGCCAGAUAUGAAAAUAAUGUUUACCAAAAUCUAUGAAUAACCUUUAUUAAAUCAGUGACAAAAGGGAAAUUGGAGUGACCGCUCAACACUGGGGGGACUGCAAUAAUUUGAUGAAUAGUACUAUUGUAAUAUGUUCUUUACCUUGAGCUCUCUGCUCCUGCAUGAAUACUGAUAUUUGUCCCUCUUCCAAGCUUGCAAAUAUCUGCCCAUAUUUUAUAAUCAGAAGGGUCAGUACCGGAGUUAUAGUGGUUCUGUGUGACUGUUGAGUAGCUGGGACCUCUCCUGCCACCUCGGUGGGACAAAAUAAGUCUACAGACUGCUUUCAUACAAUCAGUGGCAUCAACAUGGUCAGAUAAUCAGCCAGAUCCAGAUUAAUCAUGCCAAAGCAUACAGUAUGAGAAGGAUAGAUACAAUGAAACUGCAUCCAGUUAAGAUUCCUGUGUUAAUUUUUAUUUUCCAGUAUUAUGAAUGAUAUAUUGAAAUGUGUAUUUAUUGUGGUUUACUAAAAGUCUGUAUUAAGUAAAUUGCUUCACUAUCUUAACAUUGUCUUUUGUUUUAUGCUGGUUGUGAGUUGUAAAGUUCAUGUGCCUGAUUUAUUUCAUUAUAUUUCUUAUUCUGUGAAAUGCAAACCUUUUUCACAAAAUCGUACAAAUGUUUUCAAUGUGUUUGCUUUUACAACUGUAGAUAACGACAAUUCAUUUCAUUUCCAGUUGUUUCAUUUUUAACAUGGUUUUGAAAUACAUUUAAUUAAAAUUGCUAAAAUUGCUAGCCAA